AUGGCGUUGCAACGUGGGGAGCCUUGGUUCGACGAUGGAAAUGUCGUACUGGCUACAUCGGCUGAAGGGAUAGCAUUUCGAGUUCAUCGUGGAGUUAUGGCUCGGUAUUCGAGUCGAUGUUUCUGGUCCCUCAGCCGUCAACGGAGUCUGUCGAAACUUUCGAUAACUGUCAAGUGGUUCGGAUGUGGGAUGCUCCCCGCCGAGCUUGCGAAUCUUAUCGUUGCCCUCUACGACGGAGUCAAGUUUCACAAUGCAUGUCUCGAGGACUGGUUUCAUCUCGCUGGAAUCCUGCGUCUAUCAACCAAGUACUUCGUCAACAAACUGCGAAUUCAAGCCAUCGAAUAUCUAGCGCAAACUUGGGCUAAUACACUGGCCGGUCAUGACCAUAUGGUUGAAGCAGCUCUUCGCACACCACCCGUUGACGGUCUUACUUACCCUUGGGUUCAUCCACUCCAUGUGUUAAACCUCGCCAGAGAAGUUAACGUUCGCGUCGUUAUCCCGUCCGUCAUCUACUUUCUCUCCCUCUAUCAACUCGAGGACAUCCUUCGCGCUGACCACCCCAAACUCAACAAGAUCGACCACCCUUCUCGCCCUUCUUCAACAUUUUCACCACACGAUAUCAAAGAUUAUACCCUUAUGUUCCAAAAACGGCUUGAAGUCAUUCUGCACUUCGUGCGCACGUUUUGUGGGACGCGAACACCCACAGCGAAAUGCCAAUCUACGGAGGCAUGCAGUCGUGGCUUUGCCCGCCUUGCAUCACGUUUAGGAAGGUCGUGGAUUUCCAGAACUGGACCAUUGCACUACAUGUCGCAGGCGGUAGGGGACCUGGCGGACAAAGCCGAAGUCUGCAAAUUAUGCCAGAGGGCGUUUGGCGACGAUGUUGCUGCUCUGAGGGAGCAGACAUGGAACGAGCUUCCGUCAGUUAUCGGAAUGCCAUCAUGGGACGAACUGGUUGCGAUAGAUUUGCAUGGCGGUUAA